UGGCAUGUCAUUUACAUGUCUUUGGUACCAAGUUCUUUGACUAAAAAUUUACGAAGUAUGUGUUUGUUGUCGUUAAGAGCCGCUUGAAAUAGAGCGAUAUAGUGACAGUGGAAAUAUGAGUUCUGAAUCAUCAGAAGACGAAAACAUUCAGCAACUCAAAGAUGCACUAGAUGUCUCCAUGUUCAGUAGCAGAUCAGACGCUACGGAGGGACGAGAUGAAAAACCAUCUAACAGAAUAUCACUGGACGAGAAGACUGAACAGCCUAACGCACUGAGAGUAACACCAGAAUUCCAGGCGUUCGUUGCAAAACGCUUGGCGAAAAUGAUUGACAACGAGCUGGAGGAAGUACCCAGUGUCCACAGUAAACAGAAGCAGGGAAAGAAGAAAAAGAAACCCAAAGGUGGUGUACGACUUCUGUCAUCAUCGUCAGAGUACUUGUCUGCGGAGGAUCCGAUAAUUGUGUAUACCAGCCACAAGAAACAGCAAGCUGUUGAUUUUGAUGAAAGUAGUGCAGCUAUGGAAAGAUUUUCCGAAGCUGCUGUUCCAUCUGACUGGAUUACAUCCAAAGAAAGUGUGAAAGGGUGGAUUCCUUUUGAAAAAGGUGAAGUCAUAAAAGUAAAAAAUGGUGUCUGUGUUGAGGUAAUAAAAAAGAAAUUGCCUGAUCAGACUGGUGUAGUUUCGCACCACACUAUAGAACAUAUUAAUGGUGAACAAUUCACUGCCAGGAACUCGCCACUCAAAGUAACAGGUGAUAGUUUCACCACAAAAAGAAAGAAAAGUGAGGAAAGUAGUCAUAAACAUAAAAAACACAAAAAAAUCCAUGUGUCUGCUCUUGCAAAUAAUUAUAUUGAAUAAAUGUAGAUUCACAAUAAAUCGUUAACACAUUUUGAUUA